CCAUUAGGUCCUUCAUUUCUCAAAUCCCACAGUUCUUGUCUUCCUAUAUUGCGUGUGUCUGGGUGUGGAUAAAAAUGGCAGCCACUCAUGGGAAAAUAAUCUUGUUCAUGUUUCUUGCAGCCUUUAUGUUGUUUAAUACCCAAAAUGCAUUCGUGAGUUGUGCUUUAACAUCAGAGUUACAAAACAAAAUUGCUAAAAUCAACGAAGAGGGUCCUUAUUUGGGUUUAAUCAUACCAAAUUCUUUUGAACUUAACCCUCUUCUUCAAAAUCCAGGCUAUACUCCUAGUGAUAGCAUCAUAGAUUUUGCAGGAAGGAGAUUUCGUUUUGGAUCCAUUGGCGAGAAACCAGUUAUACUGGUAAUGACGGGAUUGAGCGUGAUAAACGCAGCUAUAACAACACAGCUUCUAUUAAGCUUUUUCAAAGUAGAUGGAGUUGUUCAUUACGGAAUUGCUGGAAAUGCAAACCCUUCAUUGCAUAUUGGAGAUGUUGCUAUUCCACAUUAUUGGGCUCAUUUAGCACUUUGGAGCUGGCAGAGGUAUGGGCAAGAUGCUGAUGAUACGUUACCACUAGAAAUCAAUGGUGACUACACAAGGGACGUAGGUUUCUUGAAAUUUUCAGAUUUUACCUCAAACAUAAGUGCUGCUGACAGUGUUACAGUUGACAAUCAUCUCAACAAUCUUUGGUACCAACCAGAAGAGAUUUUUCCAGUUGAUGGCAUUCCUGAACAAAGGCAACAUGCUCUUUGGGUCCCUGUUGAUUCCGAGUACUACCGUAUUGCCAAAAAACUCGAGCAAAUGAAACUAGAUGCGUGUAUAGACUCAGACACAUGCUUGACAACGACACCAAAGGUUGUGCUUGUGGAGAGAGGAACAAGUGCAGGGUUCUAUCUAGACAAUGCAGCAUACAGAACCUUCAUCUUCAAUAAGUUUAACGUGAGUCCAGUGGACAUGGAAAGUGCAUCAGUGGCUCUUAUAUGCUUGCAACAAAGGAUUCCUUUCAUUGCUAUUAGGGCUCUCUCUGACUUGGCUGGUGGCGGCACCGCGGAGUCGAACGAGGCUGAUACCUUCUCACCACUGGCUGCAACCAACUCUGUUGCUGUGGUCAUUGAGUUUGUGAAGCUAUUGUCAUCACACCACUCUAAGUGGUAAACUAUGUUAUGAUGAUGUUUUCAAUAAUCCGUAAUUAGUGCAAUUAUAUGCACAUGUAGACAACAACUUUGUUCUGGUUGUUUGUCCGGAAUAUAAUAAAGCACCAGCACUAAAUAAAUAUUAUCAUAUAUAUAAUUAAGCUCUAAAUGGUACUUAUAGAUGGACUAUCAGACAUCUGAAGGUAACGACAUAUAUAUCAACUCUAACACAGUAUUUCCAUUGCA